AUGGCUAUUGCUCCUAUCACUGGCACUUUAAAGAAAAGAAUUAUACUAGAUAUCGCCAUCGGUUUCUCCCUAGGUGGUGUAAUGGCUUCAUACUGGUGGUGGGGUUACCACAGAGGCUUGAUCAACAGAAGAGAAGCUUAUUACGCUAAACUAGCUGCUUCAAAAGAAUAA